AUGAGGUUACUUGGAUUCACCCUGUUUGGAUCUGUCGUCGCAUCAUAUGCGCUGAAAGAGCAUCAUGACAUUCCAUCUGGCUGGAGAAUGGUGCGCCCGGCCGACAAGAGCCGCACCAUGUACCUCCAGAUUGGUUUGGCCCAGGGCCGGAUGGAUGAAAUAAUUCGCAACUUGGAGGAAGACGCUGCUGAAACGCUUCUGCAGACCAAAUACUCCGAGUUCCACCAUUCAGAAACAAAUUCCCUUGCCGUUCGCUCCCCGUCAUGGUCGCUCCCAGCGCAUCUUCAUGGCCACAUCGAGUCAAUCCAGCCCACUACCUCUUUUCUUUUUGCGGCGUCCCCUCUCCGGCCCCGCCAGGACAAUAGCGAAGACCUCAAUCAAGCCGCUACGGAGGAAGCCUCCACCCCAGGCAGUGUCCCCUUCUUGGACCUCCUCCACCUCCCCAAGAACCUCACGGUAUCCCAAGCCUGCAACGCCAGCGCCGUCACCCCCCUCUGCAUCCGGGUCCUUUACGGUGCCCACUCCUACGCGCCGAAAGCUGCCCACCAGAACAGCAUGGCUCUCGUCAACUACUCGGGAGAGUUCAACAACCUCACCGACCUCGACCUGUUCCUCCGCCUCUACCGUCCCGAUGCCCAAGCCUCCUUCAUCUCUCACCCAGUCGCCGGCGGAAUCAACUUCCAAACCCCUCUAACACCCGCACAGCGCGCCCAACGCGACGGCCGCGAAGGCGCUCUCGACGCGCAGAUUCUCUUCGGCAUUGCCGCUCCGACGCCCCUCAUCGCGUACACCGUGGGAGGGGCGCUCCCACCUUUCAUCCCCAGCGAAACGAUAACGACCAACACCAACGAACCCUUCCUCACCUGGCUGCAGUACAUGCUGGCCUUACCGGACGAGGCGCUUCCUCGCGUGGUCGCCACGUCGUAUGGUGACGACGAGAGCACCGUGCCCCCCGCUUAUGCGCGCCGCGUGUGCGAGGGCUUUGCACAGCUGGGUCUGCGCGGGGUGACGAUCGUUUUCGGGGCCGGGGACUGGGGCGUGGGUAAGCCUGAGGUUUGCGCGGACAAGGAAUUCGUGACGUCCUUUCCUGCGUCUUGUCCGUACGGAACGUCCGUGGCGGCUACGCGUGGAGUGGUGAAAGAGGAGGUGGCCUAUAAUGACGGCAAUGGCUUUGUCUCGGGGGGUGGCUUCAGUCGCCAUUUCAAGCGGCCGGGUUACCAGAGCGGGAAAAGGAGUGUGGUCGAUGCGUAUCUGGGUGGUGUGGUUAAAAGGGAGUAUGAAGGAAGAUAUCGUAGGGAGGGGAGGGCAUACCCGGAUGUGGCGGCGCAGGGGUACAGACGACCGAUCGUGUGGGAUGGGAAAACCUAUCUGGUCGAUGGCACGAGUGCUUCGGCCCCGACGUUUGCGGCUAUGGUGGCCUUGGUGAACGAUGCGUUGCUUGCGGCCGGGGAGCCACCGAUGGGGUUCCUGAACCCUUGGUUGUAUGCUGGUGGGCAUGAGGCGUUUACGGAUGUCACGCUUGGGAGCUCAAAGGGAUGCAAUACCAGCGGAUUUCAUGCUACGCCGGGCUGGGAUUCCGCCAGCGGGUUUGGGACACCGUGGUUUCCAAAGUUUAAGGAGUUGGCUAUGAAUAGGAGGUUUCGGCAACAGCGGCCGUGGUACUGGCCAGCGGUGGGGGUAAAAUAA